UGACCACUCGUCCUCAGUCCACAGGAGACCUGAACGAGCCCCGAGAGCGAAGACUCCACACGGAACCAGAACUUCUGUCCACCAUGGAACCAUGACGACGGCCGAGGAUGGAGCCGAGCUGGAGGAGCAGCAGGACCACACCUGGAGCUGGACCCGUCUGACCAUGAACUACGUGGGCCAGCUGGCCGGUCAGGUGUUCGUCCAGGUGAAGGAACUUUAUCGAGGUCUGAAUCCGGCGACGCUGUCCGGCUGCAUCGACGUCAUCGUGGUCCGGCGGCCCGACGGCUCGCUGCAGUGUUCGCCGUUCCACGUUCGCUUCGGGAAGCUGGGCGUCCUGAGGUCCAGGGAGAAAGUGGUGGACAUGGAAAUCAACGGGGAGCCGGUGGAUCUGCACAUGAAGCUGGGCGACAACGGAGAAGCUUUCUUUGUUCAGGAGACAGAAAACGAUCAGGAAGUGGUUCCCUCCUACCUGGCCACGUCUCCCAUCCUGUCCGACGACGCCUCCCUGAUGAGGAGCUCCGGACCUCCCGUCCAGACUCUGGGCUCGCUGGGCGGAGAGACGAAGAAGAGGAGGAAGAGGAGGAGGAAGUCCAGAGCCGACAGCGUGAGGAGGGAGGAGAGCGGAGAUUAUUCAGCCGACGACGACGACGUGUUCAGCAUCGAGAUGAGCUCCGACGACGACGACAGGUCAUUGAGAGACGAGACGACGACAACUUCGACCGGCGGUUCGUACAAACAGACGAGUCUCUACACUCGAUCAGACGGAGAAUGGAGUCCAAUUCAGAGUCCUGGAAACUCUCGUCCAGCAUCUCCAAAGAGCGACUCUGAACUCGUCACCAAGUCUUCGGAUGCCGACGGUCAGAACCCGGCGAUGCUCUGGUCCUGGGGGGAGCUUCCUCAGGCUGCCACGCCCUCCUUCCUUCGUCCCGUCUCCAUCCCCAUCUCAGAAAACACUCACUUCAGGGUGAUCAGCCACCAGAUGCUGGAGGAGGCGGUCGCCAUGGAGACGGAGACCCUGAAGAUGGAGAUGGAGACGUCUGGAGGAGCUGGAAUGAUGGUCGACGUGGAGGAGACGACGCUCCGUCCAGUCGGGAAGACAGACUCUCCGUCCCAGAGGAAAGACAAAAGGAGCCGCCAUCUUGGUUCUGAUGGCGUUUACCUGGAUGACAUCACAGAUCUGGAACCUGAAGUGGCGGCGCUUUAUUUCCCAAAGAGCGACAGCGGCGCCACCUUCAGGUCCGUCUCUGAUCCGGGUCUCCACAGCAGCAGCUUGUCUCCUCAGUCCACUAGUUCUGGAGGCGACAGCGGAGUCGACUCUUUCUGUGAUCAGAUGUCCAACCUGCCGUCCAUCAACAUCUCUCUGUGUGGAGGACUGACGGACAGCAGGGAGAUCACUAAAGAACAGUUUCAGGAGAAGAUGAUUUCCUACCAGCAGUUCACAGACAAUCCCUCCAUCAUUGACGACCCAAACUUAGUGGUGAAAAUCGGCUCAAAGUACUAUAACUGGAGCACGGCAGCUCCUCUGGUCCUGGCCAUGCAGGUCUUCCAGAAACCUCUACCGAAGGCCGCCGUGGAGAACAUCAUGAAGGAGAAGAUGCCAAAGAAAGGAGGCCGCUGGUGGUUCAGCUGGAGAGGAAGGAACAGCAGCGGCAGCAAGACCGAUUCGGUGUCGGAUCGCGGCGUCGGAGUUUCUGCUGAGCAGAUUGGAAAAAUGACAAACAGACACAAGGAAGAAUCUUCCUCCAGCGAUGAAGACCACCAAGCUGCCAAACAGACCUCCGUCCAGUCAGAGGCUGGGAUCGCAGCAGGGGGCGUGUCCUACAAGAAGACGCUCAGACUGACCUCAGAUCAGCUGUUAUCUCUGCAGCUCCAGGAAGGUCCCAACGACGUGGUUUUCAGCGUCACCACUCAGUAUCAGGGAACCUGCCGCUGUCAGGGAACCAUCUACCUGUGGAACUGGGACGACAAGAUCAUCAUCUCCGACAUCGACGGAACCAUAACAAGGUCGGACACGUUGGGCCACAUCCUGCCCACUCUGGGGAAGGACUGGACUCACCAGGGCAUCGCUCAGCUUUACCACAAAGUCAGCCAAAACGGCUAUAAGUUCCUGUACUGCUCGGCCAGAGCCAUCGGCAUGGCGGACAUGACCCGAGGUUACCUCCACUGGGUCAACGAGAGAGGAACCAUGCUGCCGGUCGGCCCGGUUCUACUGAGUCCCAGCAGCCUCUUCUCAGCCCUGCACAGGGAGGUGAUCGAGAAGAAACCGGAGAAGUUUAAGGUGGAAUGUCUGACGGACAUCAAGAACCUGUUUUAUCCAAACACACAACCGUUCUACGCAGCGUUCGGCAACAGACCCACGGACGUUUAUUCCUAUAAGGAGGUGGGCGUUCCUCUGAACAGGAUCUUCACGGUGAAUCCUAAAGGAGAGCUGGUCCAGGAACACGCCAAGACCAACAUCUCAUCGUACGUCCGUCUAGGUGAGGUGGUCGAUCACGUGUUUCCUCUGAAGGUUCGGUCUUCUUCUUCUGACUUUCCGUGUUCGGACACCUUCAGUCACUUCACCUACUGGCGGGAGCAGCUCCCCCUGGUGGAGCAGCAGCAGCAGUUCAGCCCGACAGUCGACCAGUGAAAGAACCAAAGAAAGAAAGAACGAAUGAAUGAACAGAUGAAUAAAUGACAGGUUUUGUGGAGGUUUUUCCAGAAGCUGCUUCCCUCAGAGAGUCGACGGAGCUGCUGUGAAAUGUCUUAACGCACAAGACGGAUGAGGAAUUGCACUUUUAUUUUUAAAAAACGGCCUCUGAGGUCGUCUGAUUUAUCUGUAUAUUAGAAAUAAUUUAUUGGAGCAGCUUUAAGCUCAGACUUUUUCCUGGGGAAAACAUUAUUUUCAUACUUUUUCACUCGAUGCAGCUCAAAGAAGCAGUUUUAUCGUGUUUUAAAGAAUCAGUCGAAGCUGUUUUAUUUAUAAUCAGAGAACGGACGCUUUAUGGAAAUAUGCUGUAAAAAAAAUGCGAUUAAAGCUGGAAACCAAAAACAGUGUAAAAAAGUUGGUGAAAAUCAGGACAAAUAUCUGUAAAAUAGUAAUAUUUUUCGCUGAUUUAGUUUUAAAAAUGUAAUCUUGAAGUCACACAUCGUAAAAUUACAUAUUUUCCUUGUUUUAAGUACAGAUUUUUGAUCUGGACUUUAUCUAGUUUUCUUUUUUCUCUUACAGUCAACGCGUAUAUUUAUUAUUUUAUGUGUGAUUUCACUUGUAUGUAUGUAUGUAUUGUAUAUGUAUCAUUUUCCAAUCCUUAAUAUGCAUAAUUUUACUUUCAAAUAACAUCAAAUAUCCAUGAAAAAAAUGUUUUUCUCUUUUAAAUACAGUAAAAACUGUAAUUUUACGGUCUAAUGUUGUAAAAAAAUCAAAUUGCUGUUUAUAAAAACAGAUUUUUUGCUUCUUAUUUUUAUUUUAAGUAGACGUUUUUUGUUGUUUUUUUAGUCAACAAAUUAAGAUUUUUUCUGGCGAUUUUAUUUUUUUAAAAACAGGACAAUGAUUCACUAUUUUUCAGUCUGUGCUUUACAUAAUUUUUCUUUCAAAUAAAAUAAAACAAAUAAAUCUCUUUUCAGUACAGUUAAAACUGUAAUUUUACAGUCUAAUGUUGUAAAAGAUUGAAUUACUGUUUAUAAAAACACAGACUUUUAAAAAUAGUUUUUACUUUAAAUAGGUGUUUAUUUUUUUGUUUUUUUUAACAGUCAACAAAUUAAUAUUUUUUUCCACUGAUUUUACUUGGAUAUUAGAUAUCUAAAUAAAUAAAUAAGAUAGAUAUUUACUUUAUAAAAAACAGGGAAACUGUGUUUAAUAGCAUAUUUACCAUUUUUCAAUUCUUACUAUACAUAAUUUUUCUUUCAAUAAAGUACAAUAAUCUGAUUUAAAUACAGUAAAAACUGUGUAGUGUGUUGUAAAAGUCAAUAACCGUUUAUAAAAACACAGAUUUAAAAAAAAAAGUUUUUAUUUAAAUAGACAUUAUUUACAGUUUUGGUCCGUCUUUUUUUUAUUUUUUUAUUUAUUUACAAUCAACAAAUUCAUAUUUUUUCCCAGUGAUUUUGUUUAGAUAUUAGAUAGCUAAAUAAAUAAAUAUCUAUAUUAAAUAUAGAUAUUAAUUUUUUUCAAAAAACAGCGAAAAUCUGUUAAAAAAAUGAAUCCUUAGAUUAAAUAAUUUUUCUUUCAAAUAAAAUAAAAAUGAUUUAAAUACAGUUAAAACUGUAAUUUUCCAGUCUGUUAAAAAAAAAAAAACUAUUCAUAAACCGUUUAUAAAAACACAGAUUUUUUUCUUAGUAUUAUUUUUUAUUUAUUUUAGGUAGACAUUAUUCACAGUUUUGGCAUGUUUUUUUUAAUAGUCGACAAAUUGGGUUUUUUUUCCAGUGAUUUUAUUUAGAUAUUAAAUAUCUAAAUGAAUAAAUAAAUAUCUAUAUUCAAUACAGAUAUUUUUUUUUUUUUAAAACGGGACAAUCCAUUUGAAAAAAUAUUUAGCAUUUUUCAGUCCUUAAUUUACAUAAUUUUUCGUCCAAAUAAGUUGAAAUAUCUGUAAAAUAGUAGUUUUUUUUUCAGAUUUAAAUACACAAAAUAUAAACAAAUUUAAUGGUAAAAAAAAACGACAGAUUUACCAUUUAUAAAAAUGUAAUUUUUUUCUGUUCUUUUAUUAGAUAUUAGCUGUAAUUUAACAAAACAAAGACAAAUAUUUACCAUUUUCCUGUCCUUAACUUACAUAAUUUUUCAUUCAGACAACAGAAAAUAUGCAAAAAGUGACAUGUUUUUUAUUUUUGCUGAAUUAAAUGCGAUAAAAAUUGUGUAAUUUUACAGUAAAAUACUAUAAAAAAAAGGAAUUAUAAUCACAGUUUUGACUUUUUUAUACGGUUAAAUUUAUACAUGUUCUGUAAAUGGUUAAAAAAUGCAGUUAAAACUGUUCUUUUUUACAGUGUUUGUUAAAAAGUGAUAAAAUCAUUUUGAAAUGAAGAUUAAUGUAUAAAAGCACAACAUUUUUAAUCUUCUGUUCAAUUAAUUCUUGUUAUUUUUAUCUCCAAACAUCAAUCUGCAGAAAAACACAUCAUUUAUCUGUUUGUUUGCAUUUUUUAAAAUUUAUUUUGUAGUUUGUUUUUUGUAAGAAGUUUUCCAGCAGCUAAUUUACAUGUUUUGUCCCAAAAAAUAACAAAACAAAUAAAACAAAACAAGAAAUACACGACAGAAAUGAACAGAAAGGUGCAUCAGGGAGACAAAUCAACCGCAAUAACUGAAGGUUUUAGACUAUUUAGAGUCUUCAUGGGUCAUUUAUUUAACUUUACAGAUUAAAAACAGAAAGCAGAUUCAUUAAAAUCUGUUGGAAAUCAUCCAGAAAUCCUUUAAAAGGAGAAAAUGUGAGAUUUAGAAUAAUUUCAAACGUCCAGCUGCAUCAGAGUGAAAUAAAAUCUGGUUAAAUUGUCUUUUUCAGGCUGUUUCUUGAGUGUUUCAAGUUUUUUUUAAUGGAUUGUGGACACAGCUGACUGUGUUCAGACUUUAAUUCAGCUUUAAUUCAGAGUUUAAAGAGAAAAGUUUCAUUUCCUGAAGCUCUGAACUGUUUAAAACUAAACUUUCUGACUAGAAACCGACUGAUUGUGUGAAACUUCAGUUUUUCUGCCAUUCUUGUGUAAAAACUCGACAGUAUUAAUGCAACAUUUUUCCUUUUUUGUCCUUUUUCUGACCUGAAAGAGGGUUUUUAUGAUAUAUUCAGUAUUUGAGCUGCAGAAUGUUAUUUGUGUGUUUGAUGCUUUUGAUAUUCUUUCCAUGAAAGAGCUGAAAUGAAGCCAGUUUGUUGUUAAAUUGGUGAAACUGAACUCAAUAAAAAUCUACUUUGGUACAACA